AUGGGGGGUGCUGCCUUCACAGCCAUAGAGAAGCUGGGUGGCAAUGGGGCUCUCUUGCACACCCACAGUGAGAGGCUGUUGCCCAAGACAUUGUCCAAUGUCAUCUGCGGUCAAGAUGACUCCCCUCCUGGCUCUGAUGAUCCUGAACAUGAUGAUACUGAGGGACAACCUCGGUCCCGGGUGCCCCGGAAACGGGGACAUCUUUCCCCUAAAUCCCGUCAGAUUACCAGUUCCACACUCCUAGGGCUGCUGGCCCCACCAGGAGAGUCUUGGGGGGAUCCAGGACAGCCCCCUGCCCAUACCCACCAUAGCGCUGCAUCUCCAGCCAAACUGAAAAAAAUCUUUGGCUGGGGCGACUUCUAUUCCAACAUCAAGACAGUGGCAUUGAAUCUACUGGUCACAGGGAAGAUCGUAGACCAUGGCAAUGGUACUUUCAGUGUACACUUUCAACAUAAUGCCACUGGUCAAGGGAACAUCUCAGUCAGCCUAGUGCCCCCCAGCAAGGCUGUGGAGUUCCACCAAGAGCAGCAAAUCUUCAUCGAAGCCAAAGCAUCCAAGAGUUUCAACUGCCGGGUAGAGUGGGAGAAGGUGGAUCGGGGCCGGCGGACCUCACUCUGCACUCAUGACCCUGCCAAAAUUUGCUCCCGAGACCAUACACAGAGUUCAGCUACCUGGAACUGCUCCAAGCCCUUCAAGGUCAUCUGUAUCUAUAUUGCCUUCUACAGCACAGACUAUCGGCUGGUCCAGAAGGUGUGCCCAGACUACAACUACCAUAGUGAUGCCCCCUACUAUCCUUCUGGGUGAUUCUCUGGGGAGGGUAGAGGGGAGGGCCUUCAGAGACCCUCCCCCCCUCCACCAGGGGUUGUAGGGGAUUUUAUCACCAGAGGAAGAGGAGACCUGGGGGCAUGGGGUUGGAAAGAGACUGGAUUCCCAGGCAGGAAGGUAUAGUGGAGAGAGAAUUGUGGGAUAUGAUCGGAGUAAAAUCAAGGAAGAAGGAAAAGGAAGAAAGCCUUGGAGUGGGAGCUAUUGAAUAACCUUAAACAUGUGAAAUAAAGAAGGAAUGGGUUCUAGGUAACAGCCUCACAAGAGACUAUGAGUUGUGG